AUGCGCUCAACAAUCCUUGCCACGCUGGCGUUGGUGCCAUUGGCGACAUGCAACCAACAGCCAAUUGAUGGCCCAACCUCACACACAGCCACAUCCAGCCAAACACCCUCAUAUCGCGACGAAUUGCUCAGCCUUCACAAGAACCUCAUCUCAAUUCCCUCCAUCUCAGGGAACGAAAACGCCGUGGGCAAUUUCCUCGUCGACUACCUCACCUCGCGUGGCUACCAUGCCAAUCUGCAACCCGUUGCCGCCAGGGACACUACCCCAAGAAAUCAUAACCGCUUCAACGUGCUAGCAUGGAAAGGCGACAGAAGUCCCACACCCAGAGUCAUCGUAUCCUCACAUAUCGAUGUCGUUCCUCCGCAUAUUCCAUACUCCAUUUCCCCUGGGGCAGUCGCGCCGGAAACCAUGAUCAUGGGCCGUGGCUCAGUCGACGCAAAAGGCAGUGUGGCAUCCAUGAUCAUUGCCCUCGACCAGCUUCACUCCUCAAACACAAUCACCCCCCAGGACGACGUCAUGCUUCUCUUCGUGGUGGGCGAGGAAGUUGCCGGCGAUGGGAUGGCCACGUUCAGCAAGUCGCUGUCCAAGAUGAAGGAGCCUCCUACUUUUGACGCAGUAAUCUUUGGCGAGCCCACUGAGAAUAAGCUCGCCUGCGGCCACAAAGGCGGCUUGUUCUGUGAUAUCAAUGCCCAUGGUGUUCCGGGACAUAGCGGCUACCCAUGGCUAGGCAAGUCGGCAAACGAAUUGAUGGUGCGGGCCAUGGUCAAGAUUCUGGACGCGGAUUUGGGGAGCUCAGAGCUUUUUGGCAACACGACUUUCAAUAUUGGCCAUAUGGAAGGUGGCUUAGCAGGAAAUGUUAUUCCCGAAAAGGCAACUGUCAAGUUUGCAGGGAGAGUGGCAAUUGGCCCACAGAACACGGGGCAUGAGAUUGUGCGAUCUAAGAUUCAGAGUAUUCUGGAUGAGGUUGAUGCCGAUGCGUUUGAGAUGACCUGUAGUCAUGGGUAUGGGUCAGUAAAGAGUAAUUGUGACGUGGAGGGCUUUGAUAAGAUCACUGUCAAUUACGGGACGGACAUCCCCAACUUGGCAGGGAAUUACACGCGGUACCUUUAUGGCCCUGGCAACAUUCUCGUUGCUCAUGGCGCGAGGGAAAACUUGACAGUUGCGGACUUGGAGGAAGCUGUUGAGGGAUACCAGAAGUUGGUUGUCCAUGCGCUAAAGCAGUAA